CCAUGUCCCCAUUUCCUAAUCCUUCUCUUAAUUAUAGCCGUUAGCUUUCACUUGCUUUCUCACUGUCAUUCUCUCUCUAGGUCUAUCUCUCCAUCCACUAUGUCACCAGCUACCACUCUCUUCGCCGCCCUCCUCCGCCGGCCCUACCACCACCUCCACCUCCACCUCCGCCGCGGUCUCUCAACACAUUCACAACCACCUUCCAUCGAAUACUCACUCACCCACCCAAUCUACACCAUAUGGGCUGCGAACACUUCCCUUGGCAAAACCCUGGUCUCCGCCGGGCUUUCCACUUCCUUCCUUUCUUCCUCAAACCGCAAAUUUCUCUACUUGAAGCCUCUUCAAACCGGUUUCCCUUACGACUCCGAUUCACGCUUCGUGUACAACAAAUACUCCCAAUUUUUCUCCUUAAAUAAACCUGAAUUCUCCGUCUUCGCAUCGAAUCACGUGCUCAGAGCAUCCGUUCCGGCUUCGAAUGCCGUUGUUAAGGAUGAAAUGGGGAGAAGUUGUGGGAAUGGGGUUGUGAAUUUGGGGUUUUACGAGGAGAGUAGGUUGCGAGGGACGAGUGAGAAUGGGGAAAUGAUGAAGGGGUUUUCGAUGCUAGUUUGUAAGACAAUGUACGGGUGGAAAGAGGCAUUAUCGCCACAUUUGGUGGCGGAGAGAGAAAAUGCUAGAGUAGAAGAUGCUGAGUUGUUGGAGAUGUUGAAGGGUUGCUUAGAAAUUGAUGAAAUGGAAAGUGGUGAAAAGGAUGAGGUUUUUUGUGUGAUCGAGACUGCUGGUGGCGUUGCUAGUCCUGGACCAUCUGGUUCGCUUCAAUGUGACUUGUAUCGACCUUUCCGCUUCCCAGCUAUUCUUGUCGGCGAUGGAAAGCUAGGGGGUAUUUCAGGAACUAUUUCAGGCUAUGAAAGUUUGAAACUUCGAGGUUAUGAUGUUGUUGCUGUAGUAAUUGAAGACCAUGGCCUAGUUAAUGAGGGUCCUUUAUCAUCUUACCUGCGGAGAAGGGUCCCCGUGCUUGUGCUUCCACCUAUACCGAAGGAGAUGUCAAAUAACCUAAUGGAGUGGUUUCAAGAAGCACUGCCUACUUUUCAUUCUCUUCAAGAAAUAAUGCAGUCAGCUUUUCUGGAGAGAGCAUCUAGAUUACGCAACAUGCCAAGGAAGGCACAUGAUAUUUUCUGGUGGCCCUUUACUCAACACAAACUUGUACCAGAAGAAAAUGUUACGGUUAUAGAUUCACGAUGUGGAGAAAACUUUGCCGUGCACAAGGUUAAUAAAGUUGAUUUAAUCACCCAACAAUUUGAUGCUUGUGCAAGUUGGUGGACGCAGGGACCUGAUGCUACUUUACAGAUUGAGCUUGCCAGAGAUGUGGGUUACGCUACUGCUAGAUAUGGGCAUGUAAUGUUUCCUGAAAAUGUCUAUGAACCGGCUCUGGAAUGUGCUGAACUUUUGCUUGAAGGCGUGGGAAAAGGGUGGGCUUCAAGAGUGUACUUUUCGGAUAAUGGCUCUACUGCAAUUGAAAUUGCUCUUAAAAUGGCACUACGGAAGUUCUUGUUUGAUCACAGAAUUAUCUCUGAUGAUUUGGUGGCUGAGAGUGCUGAGAGUCGUGUGGAUCUAAAGGUUGGUCUACUUAAUGUCCUCCAAGUAGUAGUGCUUUGUUUUACCUGUUGACAUGAUGAUAUUGAUUACUAAGGGUGUGACAGCUCUGGCGAUUCUGCUGGGGAGCGAACUUA